ACAACAGUGGCUGUAGCAAGGGAGAGAGGCGAUCAGGGAGAGACAAAAUUGGGCACAGUCUGUGAUGAAGGGAACACGUUUUGUGACUGUCCAGAGAAGGAACGGGGUUGUGUCUGGGUAUGAAUGUAAUCUCAGAGGUCCGCCUGUCAAGGGAAGGUGGUGAACAGGAAAUACGUUGGGGAGCAGGUUGCCAGAUGGAUGGGAUCACCUCCUGCAGGGCCCUUUAAGCCUCAGCAGGGACAAGGUCUGUGGUGAUUCUUGUGUUUCCAUUUUUAACAUUUUUCAAAACCAUCGGAGUGCUGCAAAGCAUGCAAAACUUCAGAGUAUUGGGAUCUGAUUGACACUUUGAAACCUGGAGGGAACUUGAACCCCAACACACUGUGCACUGAGACUGUCACCCCUGAACUAAGGACUCUUGGAAGAUAUAUUUGACAGAGAGGACAAGAUCUUCCACCUGCUGAUCCACUCCCCAAAUGGAUGCAACAACUGGAGCUGAGCCCAUCUGAAUCCAGGAGUCAGGAGCUCCUUCCAGACCAUCUUCCGCUGCUUUUCCCAGGCCAUAAGCAAGGAGCUGGAUGGGAAGUAGAGCAGCCAAGUCUAGCACCAAGGUGGCAUGCCAGCGCUUGAAGGUGGCGGAUGUGCCUCUUGAGCCAUGGCACCAGCUCAUUGGAUGCUCUUCAGCUCCAAAAGCCUUUGAAGGCCUUCUUCAAAUUGCAAAUCCAGAGCUGCUGCUGGCCGAUCACACCCACGGGGAGAUGAUUCCUCAUGAAGACCCUGGAUCCCUGGCAGACAUCCAAUGUGACUUUCCGUUUAUCAGACUAAAAGCCGAGCCAGCCAGCCAGUGAAUCCAGGUA